GAGCCUGCCCCGCGGCGGCUGGAGGCGCGGAGAUACGUGCGCCCCAGCCCCGACAGCCGGCCCGAGCAGUCCCAUGGCGGAGCAGAUGGCCCUGGUAAUUGGGGGCCUCGCUGGGGGGCUGCUGCUGCUACUGUUGCUGAUCUGGGUGAGCUGCUGUCUCUGGAAGAAACUUCGGGCCGUGUCCACCUAUGAGGAGCUGCCGGGGAGCACCGCUGCCUCCAGCAUACAGGGGGGCAAGCUCUACCCCCCACCUGCCAGAACCCAGACAAGCAGGCCUCCAGCUGUGCCGUUCGUGGUGCCUCCUUCCCUUCAAGACCGAGACUGGGUACCCCUACACCGUGGAGAGUGGGCCCAGGCCCCACAGGACCUCUGCCUCUCCUCAGAGCUCCUGCCCCGCCCCUCCAGUGGCAGCUUUGGAAAUACAGGCACGGUGGGGACCAUCAACCCAGAUCUAUAUACGUUCCUGGAGGACAAGAGUGAGACCGACUUCCCUGAGGGCUGCCUGGGACGGCUGUGGUUCUCCGUGGAAUAUCAGCAGGACGCCGAGCGGCUGCUGGUGGGCUUGAUCAAGGCGCGGAGGCUGCAAGCCCCCUCGGAGAGCUGCAACCCCCUCGUGAAGCUGCACCUGCUGCCCGACGAGCGGCGCUUCCUCCAGUCCAAGACCAAACGCAAGACCUCCAGCCCGCAGUUUGAUGAGCACUUCAUCUUCCAGGUGUCCAGCAAGAACAUCACUCAAAGGGUACUCAGGUUCUCCGUGUACCACGUGGACAGGCAGAGGAAGCACCAGCUCCUGGGCCAGGUGUUCUUCCCCCUGAGAAAUGAGCCCCUGUCUGGUGACUGCCCGCACGUCAUCUGGAGAGACCUGGAGGCUGAGAGUGGAGAGCCUCCCUCCGAGUUUGGAGACCUGCAGUUCUGUCUCAGCUACAAUGACUGCCUGUGUCGCCUGACUGUGGUCGUGCUGCGAGCCAAGGGCCUCCGGCUCCAGGAGGACACGAGUUUCGUCAGUGUGUUUGUCAAAGUGUCUCUGAUGAACCACAACAAGUUUGUCAAGUGCAAGAAGACUUCAGCGGUGCUGGGCUCAGCCAACCCCGUGUACAGCGAGACUUUCAGCUUCAAGGCCAACCCUGCGGAGCUGGACACUGCCAGCCUCAGCCUGACCGUGCUGCAGAGCACCAGAGGGGAGAACAGCCACCAGCUGGGCCGGGUGGUGGUGGGCCCCUACAUGUACGCCCGAGGCAGACAGCUGGAGCACUGGAACGCGAUGCUCAGCAAGCCCAAGGAGCUGGUGAAGCGCUGGCACGCGCUCUGUCCCACCCCUGAGCCCUGAUUCGGCUCAGGACCUCCGCUCUGCCUCCGGAGCCUGCCCUCCCCCGUGGCAGCCACGGGCCUGGACGGUCGGGCCAGCAUCUCCUUGGGCUGCCAGGCCGGCCUGAGUGAGGGCAGCAUGCGUGCUGAGAGGCAGGAGCGAAGGGGGACCAGAGAGCUCCAGCCAGGUCAGCAGCAUGGCUGGCCACCACCUGCCAGCCUCAGAGAUCCUCCCAUCUCCCUCCAUCCUCCUCUCCCCGAGCUGCUGCCUGGGCUGCAAGUCCCAAGCUGUGGUCAGCACAGUCCCCAUCUGGACUGGGAUCUCAGGCCUUCAGAAGAACUGUUCUAUUCAGUGAUAGCAGAGCUGUGUGUGCUGAGCGGAGACCCGGGCUCUACCAUCCUGGAAAGCUGACGGUAGGUCAGUGCUGG